AUGCAAUCGAAAGAGAUACAAGAACUAACCGCUUCGGAACCGCUUACCAUUGAGCAAGAAUACGAAAUGCAACAGAGUUGGUUGAUUGACGAUGACAAGCUUACGUUUAUCGUACUCAAGAAAUCAGACGAAUCUACCAGUAGUCUGCGCGAACUGAUAAAGAUUUCAAAGAUGGUAGGAGACGUGAAUUUGUUCUUGAACGAUCCCGAUGAUAGGUCCAUUGCAGAGGUAGAAGUUAUGAUCGCAGACCCGACAGCCCGCAACUCUGGUCUUGCGACAAACUCUCUCCUUCUUCUCUUUCAUUACGCAAUAUAUACGCUUGGGAUUAGGAAACUGGUGGCCAAAAUAUCCAUGAAGAAUCAACCGUCUUUGCAGUUGUUUACAAAACUGGGAUUUAAAAAGACGAAAUCUGUAGAUAUUUUUCAGGAAGUACAUAUGGAACUGGUGGUCGAGGAGAACGUCAAGAAUUGGAUCAGGGAGAGAAUUGGCGAAACGUUGGAUGUCGGGACGUAUGAAGAGGAAAGUUGGGAAGUGAAACGAGAUU